ACUGAGGCUGAGCGGAGAAGACUGUUUCUGGUUGGAUUUGGAAUGCGUUUGUGUUUCAACCAAAUAAUUGUGUUUACAUGGAGAUGAUUUGCCAUAGAGUACCAAGCAGGUGAUCUUGUGAAAAGCAAUGUCUUUCAGUGCCAUAUGUGCUUCAUGCCUUAGGCAUCUUCAAAAGCUAUGCUCCAGAUCAUGGCACCUUCCACCCAGUCAACUCAUUAAACAAGCACCAAGCCAAAGCCAAAGAGCCUUUGGAUCCAGCUUUGUGCAUCUGGCAGGAUAUGCGGAAGCCUUGAGGUUAUCAUCCUCCAGAAUAUCAAGGAAUACGUUGUUGACCAUGCAGCGGUGCCGUCCGAUAGCUCACUAUGCAGAACAGAAAGCGACUGUAGAUUUCUCACCCAGUAUGCAUCUGAAUUUGAGAUUGGAUUAUAGUGAUAGCAUUUUAAACUUCAAGGAUGGUGCUGAUCUCCUGCAUUCCCUGGAGGUCAUCUCAAGUCACCUUGAUGACAUGACCCCUACAGAUGUGUGCAUCUCUGUGAAUAAGUUGUGGGAAUGUAUAUGGAUGGUGAGAGAUGAUAUUCAACAAUGGCUGGAGUAUUCAGAAAUGCUUCAUAAACACCCUGUAUUGCCACAACUGUGCAAUUUGAUCCAGGUACAUGCUGCCGCAAUGUCCAAUUCGGAGGCUCUGAGUGUUCUGUACUUGGUUCUGAAGUUUGGUGCCCCAGAGGUUAACCAACAUGCAAUUGCUGCGUUGUACUACACGCUUAGUCUUAAAGUGCAAUCUUUUGAUCUCAAUGAUGCUGCUAUGUUUGUCCGUUGCUGUCAGUCCGUCAAGGAUGUCCUCCCAUGUGUUGGUGUUGACUGUGGUGAAUCGGAUGCCAUCAUGCAGAAUGUACUUGCCCAUGUUCAAGAACUGCUGAGUGAUGACACUGAGUAUGAUGUAGUCCCUCUUCCAAGGCUUCUACUAGGGCUCCUGCACUGUAGCGUACCUACCACGAAUCCUGUUGUCUGCAACAUUGUUCAGAAACUCUAUCAUGCUGUUGAUGUCUUGGACAGUAUUCACCUUUCACCUCUAUCCAAAGCUGUCAUUAUGAUGAACAGCCACCAGACUCCAUUUGCGGGAUUGAUGACUGCAAGAAUGUCUGAUAUCCUUGAUGAUUUUCAUAGCCCAAGUGACUUUUCGCACUGUUUUUACACACUUAUUACCUUAUGUUCUGAAGUCUUGGAGAAUCGCAUCACUCAGCACUGUUUGAAGCUGUUUUUUGCAGGAGCAUCCUACGGGUUCAACGACAUCAGACGCAUCAUGCAAGGAGCAAUUCUGAUGAGAAGUAGAGAGAACAGGGAUCAGAUUAUGUCCAGAGUAAGCCAAUUGCUCAUUCCCCAAGUUCCUGCCAUUCCAGCAAUUGAAAUGGCCAUCAUCUACAGCACCCUAAGGAAAGUUUAUUCCAGGAAUUACGAGCUCAGAGAGCUUCUGGAGAAGCACAUGAAACAGAAACUUCUUGAAUGCUCUGCACCACAUCAACUCCUUGCUCUCAUUGAAGUACUAAGCCAUGACCCAAAACCUGACCUUGUGGUUGAGCUUACAAACAAAAGUACAGAAAUCAUACAAUUUUUAUCAUUGGAGCGACUUGGGAGACUGUGCAAUGCAAUGGGGAGAAUGAAAGUAAGGUCUAGCAGGUUUUUAGCUCUUGUUGAAGGUCUUGCCAUAGAAAACAUCGAUAGUUUGAAUAAUGUUAUUGUUAUCAAAAAUAUAUUGCACUAUCUUGCAACAGCCAAAUCCACCAAUACCAAGUUACAAUCUGUUUGCAUUGAAAGACUUCAUAAGAACCUGGAGAGGAAUCCAUUGCCACACCUUGUAGUCUACAUACUUGAUACCCUGAGCAACCUCGGUGUACCUUGUGAAGAUAUUGAUCCCAAGGUGUGGGAUAAGGUACUGAAUUUCAUGCCAAUCUUAAAUGGUCAUGAUCUUCGUAGAGUGUUCUUUGUGCUUUCCAAGUUCUCUGAUCAUCUGUAUCCGAGGGGAAAUCUCCCUAAAGGUCUUGUAAACCUUCUGGAAUAUGUAAGGAAACCUCUUCACUGUCCCAACUCUGCAUUUCCUGCUUAUGUUAAAAGAGUUACUCGUAAGGAUCUUUCAAGAUCCUCUGUUCUCAACGCAUCAUGGAUCCGCGAUUCUGCUUCCGUUGUUGCCUUUGCCAAACUUCUUAUUCAACAGCGCAUCUGCAACAGAUCCUUUUUGAGGGCAAUUGAAGCAACAGUUCAGUCCAACUUGGAUGACAUCUCUCCGUUCCAUGUCCGGGAUAUCUUGGAUGCUUUCACUGUCGGCAACUACCUUCCAGCUUCUCCAACGUUCCUUGAAGAACUUUGUUCCUCCAGGGUGAUACCGUACAUGUCAGAUCUUCAACCUCAUAGACUGGUUAACAUUGCACUUAGCCUGGCUGCCCUUCAGUGCUUCCCAUUGGACUUGCUACAUACUAUCUUCAGUCUCAACUUUCUUAGAAGUAUGGAAGAGAUGCAUGUUUCCAGGUCUUUGUCACACCAGCUUCAAGAGCUGAAUAGAGCAGUGUGCCUUGAAUGUCCUGAGCUAAGAGUGCCUUGGUUCAGUCCAGAACGGACUUCAAAAGCAGGUAAGCCACCAUUAAACGGUAUCAAGAUGGAUGUUGGAGCCGUAUUGGAGGACGUCCUCGGUGGACCUACUUCCUUGAGGAGAAAUGCCCAGACUCCUUAUGCGUACAAGAAUGACUUUGAGUGUAUCCUAGAUCAUCAUGGCCAACCAAUUUCUUACACCAGCCAGAGACAUAAAGGUAGAGUUGAGAUGACGGGGAUCGAACAUGCCUUCUCUCCAUCAGUUCAACAUGGAAUGCAACAAGAGGGUACAUUUCAAGAUGGCUCUCAAAGGAUAGCCAUAGAUAUCAUACCUCCCUCUCAGAUGUGCUCCAAUGUCACACGUUACAGCAGCUGGGUUGAAAUGAAACGCCGCCAUCUUGAAAUCCUAGGUUAUGAGUACAUCACUAUACCCUACAUGGACUGGAGCAGAGAACAUCUGAAUAGCUUUGACGCCAAACGCCUGUAUAUCUCGGAGCUUUUGGGAGGCAAUCUGUGGCUCAGUGCUUCAGAGAACCAGGACUCCGGGCUAAGACCAGGACCAGGUCCAAGACCAGUGAAGACUAGGAGAACCAAUGACAUGGUAGAAAGGAUGUUACAUGAAUGGGGAGAGGAGGAGGACUAAGACUACAAGGACUGUCAAGCUAUUGUCAAUAAAGAGUCCUAUAAUAGCAUGUAUGUUCCAACAUCAUAAUGUAAGGUUCAUUGGUUCAAUUUAAUUGCAACCUGGGCAACAAGGUAGGCUGGGCCGGGACCACCAUAUCGUAACCUAGACAAACAGCAACGUGUAUCCAAUGUGACGACAGUUACAUCAUCAUGCAUCAAAUAUGCAAAUGAUACAUCUGCAAAUACAUCCCCCCUUUCAUAUAUCUAUACAAAAAAAAAGUGUUUUCUGAAUCCAACAACAGCAAUAUGCCAAUGUAACACUUUGAGAAAACACAUUUUGGGGGUUAUAAACCAUUGGGAAACUCCAUGCAGAAUAGUCUAGUACUAUCACUCUGUUAUACAUAGACAUCCCAAACAUGUAGCAAUAAUAUGUAUAAUAUUAUUUUGUGUCAGUUUUUUUUAACAACUCGGUAUCAUAAUAAAAUAUACUAUUCAACUGUAAUAAUGGCGAAAAUUAAUGACACACAUGGUUUUCGUACAUGUAUCAGUAAAACUAUCCUGAUACACAUAAGAAUUAUGUUGCGUCAUUUCCAAAUUUUUCUUCUGUUUUUUUUUUAUUUGGAAGUUUUGAAUUUCAAGAAGUGAUCAGUUAUGAAUAACUCAUAAUACAAUUAUAUCAUCAAUAACAGACAAAACUGUUUGAUCACUCUCCAACAAGUUAUCAUAGAUACAUAACAAUCAGAUUUACUAACUGGUUUAUGGCAAUUUACAAUAAGACAUAAAUUCCAACAAUUUCAAUUUGUUAGCUGAUGAAAAAGAAAAUUCAUUGUUUUCAGUUAGUUGAUCAGGCUACUUGACCAAUCGUCCAGACCUAGUGUGGUACCCAUUAGUACUGGAUUGAUGGUCAUCACUUGGGUUAGGUUGGGUUUAGUCGUUAGCUAGCGAGGAAACCCAAUCUAUCGGCUUGGACACUUUCUUGAUGAUAUUCAUGGAUUCCAUCCUGUCCAGUUCCUCUUUCAACUCUUCUCGAAGAUGGAUAGGAAACUUCCUUGGCGGGUUCACUUCACAGCGUUCUCUUCAAGAGUGAUGUGGUAUUCACCUGGGAACCUCCCAAUACCCUGCAACCGAUCUGGGUAUGCAGCUACCAGAUCCGAGUGUACUCUUUAUAAUGCCUGGACUGCUUCUCUGGUGCAUCUCACAGUUCGCUAUAUCUAGGCGCAUCUUCACUGAACUUUGCAAUCUUAGGAUGGCUGGUCCAUGUGUAUCAAUGAUUAAGAAGCUGUUUCUGAACCACUUCCCAUCUUUGUUCUGGCAUGGAAGGUCAAAACAUCUAUACUGCUUUAUCAGUGUCUCGUCGUAGGCAUACAACCUGACAUGUCUUAGUCUGACAGCCGACUCCAGAAGACAUCCCUUGUCAUCUAAGAGCUCUGAAAAAACCUUCCUGAAGCAUCGAAGAGGCAACACAUUCCCCUGUGCACCUGUGUCCACUUAACCCUCAAAGUGUUGUUACCUGGCUUAUCCCUGAUGCUUAACUUCAGAGAAGCAAAAAGCUCGUCUCUGACAUCAAUCGGCACACCAUCAACAUGAACAUGUCCAACAUACAUUGAUUCUACAGAGAUGUCUUCAAAGUCUCUUGCUAGAUCAUCACCGUCAUUCUUGCUGGCAAUUGGAUGCAGAUUCUUUCGCAUGGUUACGAGAUCUGCUCUUAUUGUGUUCUUCCAGUUUCCUUUCUCAUGUCCAGUCUGUCUGGUUUACUACUGUCUCUUGAAGUCCUUGCACCGUUUCUUCCUGUGACCUUUCAUGCCACACUUGUGGCACUGUGACCUGAACGCUGGGCACUUCUUUGGUGAUGCCGCAGAUCGCAAUUCCUACAAGAAUUUGACUGGUGCAGAUCAUGUACUGAAGCUCUGUCGAGGCUGUUCAGCUGGCUCAUGUGGGAGUCACUUGCCUCAUGCCUACUUGUCAAUGAAGCAGCCUGGUCUAACUUGAGACGUUCAACUUUGCUCAGUAGGACCUUCUGCACCUCUGGGUGUCUAAUCCUGGUGACUAAGACUUCAAUAAUUCUCUCCUGAACAGUGUCAUCAGUCUUGAAGUUGCACUUCGCUGCCUUUGUGAGACAUCGUUGAAUGAAAUCAUCAGUAGUCUCUGAUGAUCCUUGUCUGUACCUCUGGAACACUAAACAAUGAAUCCAGAAAUUCCAAAUGUUCUUGGUUAGUGAGAUUGCACUUUACAUUAACCAUGGGUUCUUGCUUAGCAUUCUCCUAAAUGUACUGCUGAGUUUGCGUAUUGUCAGUAUCCAUGGGAACAUACAAAUCUGGCUCUGUUAUCUGCUCUGAAGACUACCUUUUUAAGCUAUCGCUGUUCUUGGUUGAAUUGUCCUUUUUUCUGUGCAGUACAGUGGGAUGUGGAUUACUCUGAUAUUGUCCGUCAAUCUCCAUUUACAGUCUUUUUUCCACAGUCUUGCGUAGGCAGCUGACGCACAAUCCUUGUUUCUUUGAGCAGCAACUCAUUUCUACAUAUGGCUUUGAUUGCCAAUACCUUGCACUCUGCCAGUGUGUGGUUACUUUCUUUACAGGCUAUGCACACUUUUGUUUCCCCUGAAUCUGUCUUGGUAGAAAUACUGAACCUGACUUUGUGUGCAUAUGACAUUUUGUUAUUUCCUCUGCUAUGGUCUUUAACCUUCAUCAAUUAACUCAUGCAAGUACGAUAUCACAUUAUGUUUCCUCCUUAAUAAUGAUAGGCAUUUAUAUAGCGCCAUCUAUCUAGAAAUAUUCUAUUAUGAGGCGCGAUGUUAUUACUAUUACCCCUGCUUUAGCUCGAGCUGCCUUUCAGCGCUCGUGCAUCAAGGAAUUAAUCCUGCCGGGUACCCAUUCUCC